CUUAGACAUAGAAAUAUAAGCCUCAUAAAAUAAAAAACAAUGGAAUAGUAAAAUUAAAUAAAUAAAUAAAAAGAGGACCUCAUGCUUAUAUGAUGGUACCUUCCUUUCAGUCAGCGAACAUUUGUUGACUUUUGGACGGCCAGGAUCUUCUGAUUAUUUGUGAUUUUAGAAAAUUUGUCAUUUACUCAGACCAGAGGUGGAUACACCGAACCUCAUUUCUCUCUCUUCCUCUCUGAUUUUUGUUCUUUGCUCCUCUGCAAUGGCGUUCUCUGCAAUUCCUCGUUGUUGUCCCUCAACUCUACGCCUGCCGAGGAAUUCAAACUCUAUGCCCCAGCCCUCCACUUCGGUUUCUCUUCGAUCUUUAUCGUCGAAUCUCAGCUUUCCAAAGAGAUUCUCUAUUCGAUCAUCUUCUGUUUCAGCGCCAACAACUGGGGGGCUUAUGCCUGCAAUUUCCCUUACGGAUAAUGCACUGAAGCACUUAAAUAAGAUGAGGUCUGAUCGGACAGAAGAUUUGUGCUUAAGAAUUGGUGUUAAACAGGGUGGAUGCUCUGGCAUGUCUUACACCAUGGAGUUUGAGGACAGAGCUAAGACAAGACCAGAUGAUUCCAUUAUUGAAUACAACGGUUUUGUGAUUGUUUGUGAUCCAAAGAGUCUUCUCUUUGUAUUUGGGAUGCAAUUAGACUUCAGCGACGCGCUCAUAGGUGGAGGCUUCUCUUUCAAGAACCCAAAUGCUACCCAAACCUGUGGCUGUGGUAAAUCCUUUGCUGCUGAAAUGUGAAAUCAUUGGAAAACCUAGACACAAAUGGUAGGAUUAAAUGUUUGUUAUCUCUCAGUUUGUGGAUUACUCUGCCAUCACAUAUAUAACACUAGCAUUGUUUUCCUGACAUAUUUGAAGGACUCAGAUUCCUGAUCUAUUCUAUUCUGUCAGCGUUUCUGGGUU